CUUCCACAUACACGGGUCAGUGGGUCAGUCUUUGCACCUGUGAAGCAACUCAAGCUUUUUUGUCACGUACAGUGAUUGGCUCUUCAGUUACAUAGGAUCAGUCACAGACUAUUUUGGUUAACACUAUCAAACAUGCAGUGUCUGAAUCUGCAAACAGCAACGUGGGGUGAAGACCAGCUAAUCUAAGGAAUAUACAAGGUGUACAAGAACAAAAGCGCUUUUUGGAUAGACACUGUUCCCAAAAGAAUAAAGCAUGGAAAUCGACAAGAGUAUCAGCCCUGAACUGGAUCAUGGCAAUGCUGUCCUUGAAUCCCCCACAGUCUCUCAGUCAGUCUCCAAAAUGGAAAAAUCCUCAAGUAAACAGCAGGGAGAGAUGAAACCAGACAGAAGUCCAUCAGCUUCUUCUUCAUCCUCCACCACCUCAAGAACUUCUACCAAAAAGUUUCCAUUAAAGCACAAAACACGCUCAAUAAAUGUGAAGUCCCUGCAAUCUCCAAACACUAAACAGCAAUUUCAUGGUAUCAAAGAUCUGGAGAUUCGACUGCUGCAGGUGGAAUGUGAAGAGCUCAAAAACCGACUAGCAUGCUUGAGGGAAGGACUGAUGGGUCAGAAGCCAAGUGAUAUGGAGGAGUUAUUAAAACAGUCUCAGAAGGAACUAUUGUGGCUUCAGAGGCAGCUGUCCUUCAUCUCUCCAGGAGGGUCUACAUGCACUUUGUCAGCUAGUAAAGUAAGUUCCUUCAUUAUUGUUGCAUUUUUCUUUUCCAGACUUAUUUUGCUGUGCAAAGAGGAAUCAAAAUGGGAGCAGCUUAUUCUCCCUGCACAUCAUUGUAGCUCUUUGACUUCAGUGGUGUUGCUUCUGAUUUAAGCAGGGAGGAGAGGAGAGUCAUUUUUGUAUGCAUUUUUCAAAACAGUUGCAUGCAAUUGCCUGGAGGAUAGAAAAAACAUACAAUUUCUUUAGAAAUGGCUGUGAAGAUGAAGGAAAGUUAAGCAUUUUGCUGUUAUACUGCAUAAGAGAUUACUUGAAUUAAGAUUUUAAAUGGCAAUGGAGAUACUUAGCAUCACAUGACAUCUGGCUUACC